CAGGGUGCACAAAACAGAUGAGGAAGCAAUAAGUCAUCAGAAGAGGAGGAGCUGUGUUGUGUUUUCUCACUGGUUUGAACUUCACUGUUUCAAUCUGUUGUUUUAUCAGAAGAGCUGCUCCAAAAGUCUGAUCUGAUUCAUUCAUUUGCCAUCAGUUUACAGGGGCUGGGAGGAAGCUGUAACAUUUCCUGUUUGUACACUGAGGACAGAAAAGAAGAGGUGACCAUGGCUGUCGUAAGAGAAUGGAGACGAGACACAAAUUCCAGAGGCCAUUACUACAUGAAUUAUGAAGGGGCACAUGUUAGUCUAUCUGAGCUGAGAAAGAACAACCCUAAACACCGGUACCUGAGAAACAAAAGCAUUCCCCGUUAUCCUAAAUAUGUCUUCCAAGAGUCCAAUGUUUGCCAUGUAACUGAGAAGAGUGGCCUUCAUGGAAUCUUCAAUGACAGUGGAUUCAGAGGUGGUGAUGAUGGCUUCCUGUGGUGGAGCCUUUCAAUGUCUGCUAACUCAAUGCAAAAACAGCCAUACCUGGAAGAAUUUGCCACUUCUCCUGCAUUCCAGACUGAAUCCCGUUAUGGCAACUUCCGCUUCACUCUUCCACUAACAGAGCUCCUGAAACAAUACAGCAAGCAGUUCUGCUGGAGAACUUCUCCGAUUCUACGUGUGUUAGGCACCAAGCUCUACAAGCAAGAAAUAGUCUAUUGUGUUUUGGUGCAUCCACAAUACAUGACACACUAUAGGAAAUAUCCUCGCCUACCUGUUAAUAUUGAGCCUAAUACUGAUUUGUGUGGGUACAGCCAAAAGCAAAUGACCUGGCGCUGUCAGUCGCCUUCAGAUAAUUAUGAAUACGGCCUGGAGAAGAAUGAGGAUGAUGUAGGGAAUGCCAGUCCACUGGACAGGAGAGAAUAUUUUGUAUGGGAUAAAGUAGCCGUGGCCUUCCACAUGAAGAAGGACUGGGUACUGGAUUUCGAUCUCAGACAUCUACUAAAACACUUGAGUGUAUGUAAGGUAGCACCAGUGAAACUGUUAAAAAAAAAAGAGAAUGAAAUGUCUGUCGAAGAGGCUGAGGAAGAAGUAAAGAAAUUGAAAAGAAAGUUUAAUCUUUAAAAUUAAAAUCAGAAUGAAACUAAUAUGCCACAGCACUGUUAUUGUUGUUCUCAGUUUUGAUCGGUCAGAAGGUACUGAUUCAUUUUCUAUAACAACAACUCCGACAGCGCAGGCUGCAAUUCAAAUGACAUGUUUAUGUUUAUACAUUCUUAUAAUACAAGUGUUGAAUUGUUGAUUUGGUGAAUCUUUCUGUAACAUGUUCAACUUUUAUGGAAGGAGUCUUCAGUGUCAGCACUGUUAUUCUAAUGUAUAUCAGCUAACAUUUCAUUUGUUACUUUGGUCAGUGUUUUUGGUAUCCUGGUAUUUUUUGCAUCUUUAAAAGUACAUUUGUUCUGUUGCUGUGUGUGUUUUGCUCAUGGACACAAAAAUGCAUUAAAAAUAAUGAGGAGAAUCUUUUAAAAAUUUAGAGUACAGUCUGAUCUGUGCAAUUAAACUGAUAAUGUGGUGUUCAGAUGCAUAACGGGUGGACAAGUAAUUUAAGUGG